AUGGCUGUAGAGCUCAUGAUGGGUUAUAGGAAUGAUAGUUUUGUAGUAACUAAAAUGGAAGAAAACGCAGUCCAAGAAGCGGCUUCAGGGCUCGAGAGUGUUAACAAGCUAAUUAGAUUAUUAUCAGAACAAAGUCAAGAAAAUCUUCAUCAAUCAUCAACUUCUCCCUCAAGAACUUCCAUGGAUAUGGAAAUGGACUGCAGAGCUGUUGCAGAUGUUGCCGUCUCUAAGUUCAAGAAAGUCAUUUCUCUUCUGGGUCGUAACAGAACUGGUCAUGCUCGCUUUAGAAGAGCUCCUGUUUCUACUCCUCCAAUUAACCAACGACAAGAACAAAGUUAUCAAGCUCCUGAAGCUAAUACUAAGGUAAUUUAUUAUGCCACACCAAUCCAGCAGAUUCCUCCUCCAGUUCUUAACCAAAAUCAUUAUCCUAUUGUGAUACCAAAGAAUGGGGUGAUUGAGAGGAAAGAUUCGGCAACUACUAUAAAUUUCUCUUAUUCUUCAGCUGGGAACUCUUUUGUGUCUUCAUUGACUGGUGAGACUGAUAGCAAACAGCCCUCAUCUUCAUCAGCCUUUCAGUUUACAAAUGUUUCUCAGGUUUCUUCAGCCGGAAAGCCUCCUUUAUCUACUUCUUCUUUGAAAAGAAAGUGUAGCUCUGAAAAUUUGGAUUCUGCUGGCAAGUGUGCCUCUUCUGGUCGCUGCCAUUGCUCCAAGAAAAGUAGAAAGAUGAGAUUGAAAAGAGUGGUGAGGGUUCCAGCAAUCAGUUUGAAGAUGUCUGAUAUUCCACCUGAUGACUACUCAUGGAGAAAGUAUGGUCAAAAGCCCAUCAAAGGGUCUCCACAUCCAAGAGGUUACUACAAGUGCAGCAGUGUAAGAGGAUGCCCAGCUCGUAAGCACGUGGAGAGAGCUUUAGACGAUGCAUCCAUACUAGUAGUUACCUAUGAAGGAGAGCACAACCACACUAUCUCUGUUGCAGAGACAUCCAAUCUCAUCCUAGAAUCCUCUUAA